UGCAGAUGGCGCAAUCACUUUUAGUGUUGAUCUAUUGGUUAUUUGAUGAUUCCAAAGCUAGCACGUAUGAACUUCACGCGUGACAGUAUAUCGUAUCUCCGCGACAAGAAUCUAUCUGCAGUGGACAAAACUUUUGAUUCAUUGUCAUUACGAUGGAGAACGAACGUAAUUAUGGUGAGAGUGUAAUACACGGUGUGCAAGAAUUGACCAGCGAGGACAAGAAGUAUGCGGCGGAACAUUUGAACGAAACCGAUGAAAAUAGAGAGGACGCCAUCGCAAAAAUUAGAUGUUGGACCGAGAACGAAUUAUGCAUACGAACCGAUAAUUAUCUUAUCUUGCAAUUCUUGAGAGUCUGCAAGUUUAACCUUGAGAAAACUAAGAAUAGAAUGCAAAACUAUUAUAAACAACGAUCCGCCUUACCGGAUUGGUACAUGAAUAAGGAUCCGUUUCAACCGGAACUACAGGAGAUGCUUGAUAUGGGGGUGUGUUUGCCUCUGCGGAAACUGGAUAGUCAAGGAAGAUUGGUUUUCAUCGUACGCCUUUUCCAACAUGAUCCAACAAUACACAAACUAACUGACUUAAUUAAGGUCUUUAUGGCAUUGUUAGAUCUAACAAUGAGGAAUAACGCCACAGCAUCUAUAUAUGGUUUCGCAUUGUACGUUGACAUGACUAAUCCAACAGUCCGUCACAUAAGUCAAAUUUCACCUCUAUUAAUAUGGAAUGGAAUACACGCACUCCAGAGCUGCUUUCCUAUAAGAAUGGGGUCGUUAAACUAUUGCAACACCCCUCCAAUUGUUAAUGGUAUCAUCAAGAUUGCGAGAGCUUGCAUGACAGAGAAACUGAAAAAGAGAUUUCACGUCUAUCCACACAUGUUGCGGAGUUGUUUUAAGGAUAUUCCAUCAGAUAUCUUGCCAAUUGAGUAUGGCGGCACUGAUGGUACAAUUCAGGAAUUAACUGAUUAUUGGAAGAAAUUGGUCGAAAAUAAUCGCGACUGGAUUAUGAGUAAUGAGAAUAAUCAAAUCUAUACACUACAUACCAAUACACUACAUACCAAUAAUAUUUUCGAGCAGUGAAUUCAGAAAAGGUGAUUCAUUCUAUCGGUGGCAUAAUACGAGUGAAAAGAUAAAAGAUAAAAUUAAGGAAAGAUAAUAGUGUAAGUUUAUGUUACUAAAAGUUAUAUGAAUGAAUAAGAAAUAUAUCUCUUCUCACUGUC